CUGCAAGCAGUAAGGACAACCCCAACAGACGUGCCACUCAGGAUAGUAGGCGAAACGGACUAUCUAACGACAGAACUGAUCGAAAAACUAGGCAAGACAGAGGACAUAGGAUGGCUGAACAAAGUUAACAAAGGCCCACUAAUGGCCCUAGUAAACACCUUGAGACAAAGAGGAGCGCCGACAACAAUCCGCAAAGCCAACACAAGAGAAGACGUGAAAGCAAUCACUGUAGCCAGAAAAGAAGCCCGCCUCGCCCGUCAGAACCAAAACACCCAGACACAAACAGACACCAGCCUGAACCCAGCCUUCCAAGUCACCGGGGUACGCCUAUCAGUGUUGACGCAAAAAUUAGCAUACCAACACAUACGAGAACGGAAGAAAACCGAGACAAGACAGUCAACACAAAGGAACAUAACAAAGAUAACAGAACACGCACAAGGACAACUUGGAAUGAACCUAGAAGCGGAAGACGUAUGGAGAGGAAUACGACACCGGGACAUAAGGCGGAACAUCGCCGACUUCCUAUGGAAGUGCACGCACAACGCACAUAAGUGUGGAGCGUUCUGGGAGACCAUCCCCGGAUACGAAGAGAGAGGGACGUGCCAAAUAUGCGGUGUGACCGACUCCAUGGACCACAUCCUGACGAAAUGCAAAGCCCCGGGCCAGAAGCUCAUCUGGGCAAUGACCGGCAACCUAUGGGAGAAAAAGAAGCUCAAAUGGUCUAAGCCAGUAAUAGAAGACAUACUCACCGUAGGAUCGCGGACAUGGACGCAUGAGUCCGGAAGCAUGAAACGCCGACCCCGAGCGGAACGAUUAUGGCGCAUCCUGGUAACAGAAGCGGCUUUCCUCAUCUGGAAGCUAAGAUGCGAGAGGGUGAUAGCACAUAGCGACGACAUAGACUGGUGCCCAACGAAGGCCGCCAUAAGAUCGAGGUGGAUUCGAGUGGUUAACGAAAGACUGCACCUCGAUAUGGCGAUGACGCACAGGAGGUUCGGAAGGAAGGCCCUGAAGCGGAACGAAGUCCUAGGCACAUGGCAGAACACGCUCCGAGACGAGCUCGCAUUGCCGGAAGACUGGACAAUG